UCUGGUAUACAGUAUGUUCUUAACCGAGGAGGAUUAUCUAAUAAACUAGCCACCAACAUACCCUUUAAAAUAGGUGUUUUCCAGGAAUAGAGGUCGACUGCGGGCUCCGUCAUGUGCACUGAUGAGUGACUGUCACUAACCUGUUAUUAUUAGCAGACUAACAGCACCACCGCUACAUGGAUACUAGUUAGUUAACAACAAUUAGCCUGUUAGCAUCUGUGUAAUAUGAUGGAGGACACAAACAGAGGGAUAUACUUCAAAACAAAAUACUGGAUUAAAUCAAGACCAGGACGGUUUCAUUUGGUUUCUUAACAGGUUUAAGGUUGGAGAUGGCUCACUCAUCAGGAAGUUCUCAAGAGGGACAGACUGACAACAAUCCAAACAAACACACACAAGCAGACAAGACAGAAACACCGGUCUCUGUCAGGCCUGAUCCUCAACUUACUGAUAAUGGACAGCGAAGGCAAAGUGACUGUUCAGAUGUACUUCCUGAGGAAUAUAAUUCAAAUGAAAAAUAUGAUGCAUCCUGGUACCAGGGCCCUUUCACCAAAUCUCUUCAGAAGGCAGAGGCUCUGUUCCGGACCCGUUUUAACCCCAUGUGGCUCAUGAGGCAGAAGACCAAAGAUGGCAGCUGGGACUCUGAGAUGGAUAGCAUCACUUCCUGUUCCUCUAGGCGUAUUCAGCACCUUGGGCAAACUUUACAAAGCCUCAGAUCUCAGUGCCACAUCCUGCAAGAUCCUGCGUCGGGGGGCAUGCUGUUUGGCUGUGUGACAGGUCUGUCUUCAUCUGUGGAGGGUGAAUUUUACCACCAGCCUCAGAUCGCAACCUUGAGCCAUCAUUACUGCCAGCUACAACACCUGAUGGAGCAGCGAGCCCAGCUGAUCUUUCUCCACGAAUAUUUUCAGCGCUUGCAAGUAGCCACCUGUUUUGUGGGUCAACUGGGCAUGGUGUUGGAGAGGACACAUCUGCUCUUGGCAGACAGGGGCCAUGUUGCAGAGCAGCCCAACUCUAUGUGGAACCUCGGCCUUAGAUCCUUGUGCCAGGAGCUACAAGUUCACCUCAACCAUUGGGAAAUGCUCUGGGCCAAAGCUCGCUCUGACCCCUUUCUUCGCAGAGUUUUCUUCAGCUGUGUGGCGACCCUUGCUUCCAUGCAGCAAACUCUCCAGGUGCUGGGCUUCCAGGCCUUGCUGUUAAUGGAACGUUGUAUUUACACUGCGUUCUCUGCGCUAGCCAUAGCCCAGUUGGAUCGCGUGCCUAGAGAUGCCUUAGUCGAUCUUCUGUGUGCGGUUGAGCUGUACAACCAGGUUGUCGAAGACAGGAGGGGUCAUGGUAGAACAUCUCCCUGGAGCUCACAGCUUGUCUUUAGGUCAGACUGUUUGCAGUUCGUCUCUAGUUUUUUUCGGAAUGGUGUCAGUCCUCAAACAUUACCAGUUGAGCAGCUAAUGAUGAUUGUAGCUCAGAGUCAAGCACAAAAAGCAGCUGAGCAACUUUACACAUGGACAUCACAGCAAAGUAACCUCCUCUAUGUUGCGAACAGCCCCUGCGAGCUGAGGGGCCACUUGGAAUGCCCUAAACUCAAUAGUCACACAUCACCCUCAAUUAAUAUUCAUACAGUACAACUCGAACAUCAGGCUGAUGCUGGUGAGCUGCCCAAAAAGCCCCUUCACACCCUCUGGUCCUCGAAUCUGCUGUUCUCUUCAUUUAUUUCUCGAGACAGAGAGUGUAUCGAUACUCUUUUUCAAGCCCUGGUGACCUCAACGAAUCUCUUGGCUCCACAUAUUCCCAAAAAACCUCAAUUUGAUGGGACAGUUGCUCCAGAAGACCUUUUGGUGGUUUGUCGUAGACCCAUUGAAGAAGAAGAGAGGCUACUGAACAGACCAAGAAUGACCUCCAGGACAAACAAUGUGGUCCCGAUUGAUGUCAGGAAGUCAGAAGCAUGCAUGAAGCUCUUCUCUAAUUAUAAGCACAUGCUAUGGAGAGAAUUUGCUGAAGCUGCUGUAAAACACUUUUAUUACCAGCCAAACAACAGCACUCUGGGUAGCAUCAACCAGUGGAAUGAUGAAAUGGUGCUUCUUUUGGUCACAUGGCUCAAACACUCUUAUACUGAAGAUCACAUCCCUGAAGAAUGUAAAGAAAGUUUAAGCAAUUUCUGCUCUUAUAUUUUGACUACUGCUGCCUUCACACGGUGGGACGAAAUGAUGUGUUUGUCACUGGGCUCAGGCUUGAAAGAGAAGUGUGUUCCUGCAGUUAAGCAGGAAAGAUCUGCAGUGAGAACUGUAACUAUGGAUCACAUCCUGCAGCUUUUUCCUCCUCUCCAUACUGUUCUUCAGUUUCUACAACACCCAGACAUGGAGUCAGGUGACGGUGGAUCCAAUAGCCUUCUGGGAUUGUUGUGUAGGUCCGUUGCCACUGUUCAGUCCUCAACCUUCUGGGUCAUGAGUAAAGCCUACCAAUUUCUGGCCUCCUGGUCCCUCAGCAAGUUCUUGUUGGUCACACAAGGAGAUCUUAAGGAUCUCAAGGGCUCAGUGGAGAGCCUGGUCCUGCUGACUGGAGCUGUCAGCAGAGAUUCAGUUCAUCCUCUGAUAAUUCAACAUACAGCAUCACUCUCUCAGGCAGUCAUGGAUCUACAAGCAUUCUCUGAUCUCGUCUUGAGGAUCUUUUCUUUGGACUGUAAGAGAAUGUCUGUGGAGAUCUUUGAACAAACCAUGCCAUCAGCCAAGCACUGGAGGAUCAAUUACAAAACAGAGUUGCCCAGCAGUCCUAGUGAUUAUGCGGCAUGUGCAGCUCAGAGUGUGAUUGGUCAGGUGCUGAAUGGUGUGCAGCCUCUGCCUGAUGACGCUCGUAUCCCUGCGCUAACUGAGGCCAUGACUGCCUUCAUGGAGGCCUGGAUGGAGCACAUCCUCAAACAGAAAAUCAAGUUUAGUAUUCAGGGAGCUCUGCAGCUGAAGCAGGACUUUGAUCUGAUUCGAGAUUUCAUUCGUUCAGAGGAGUACAGUCUGUCAGAGGAGCUGCAUCAGAAGCUAUUGUCACUGCGUGUCUUUCAUCAGGUGGAUAAUGCUAUAGUGUGUCUGCUGCAGCAGCCUAUGGCCAAACCAUACCUGUCCUCCCAUGGCUGGGAGCCCUUUAGACACUGCUGUCCAAACGGUGCUCAGGUGAUGGAUCAGGCUGCAGGCAGUCUAAAUAACCUGGAGAGCAUGGAUAUACAGGCAGCAUGCCAUCAGGCCCUGACCCAAGCCGAGAGCUCCAUGGCCCCUGAACUGCUCACCUCCACCACACCUGAGUCUUACCUGGCUGUAGCUCAGCAGGAAUGGCUGGAUCUGCGAAUACACAGCGGAUCCCGCUGGAAGCUCCCAAUUCUGCAGUGUUUCGCAAAAUCAGAACCCUAGUCAGAAGGACCAGAGAGGAUAUAUCGGUCUUUACUUGUUGACUUUCAUAAAGACUACCUUGAUUUUAUGUUCAUAUCAGCUAUGUUGUUUAGUUUGUUUAUAAGAAUGGGGUGGUCACCAUAAUUGGCCACCAAACAGUGCAAUUUUCUUGCCAGACAUUCUCACCAGUAAUCUAGUAUGUGAAGCUCUGUGCUGAUUUUACAGAUGUAGCAAUUGUAUUUUCUGUGAAAAGCAAUGUAUCAUCAAGAUACACAAUUGUCAUUGUUAAUGCCUUUAUGAAUAAAAACUGAAAAUAAUAAAAUGUUUCCGUUAUACACAUUUAAAAAAAAAAUUAUAAUUUCUCAUUGAUUUAGUGCUUAAUUAUUCUAGUUUAACAUAUUACAUAUAAUUAUAUAAAGCAGCGUUAUGUGGGUCUAUUGUUCUUAAACGGUGAGUGCAAUUCCGCGUAUGACCGAAGGGUGGCGACAAAAUACCAUGUAAAUGACACGUAAAUACACUUAUGGACUUUUUGAGUGUUGAUAUUUGCUGUUUAUCGAUAAAAGAAAAACCCACUGUAGAAUAAUCGAGACCUGUUAAAGCUGUAGGCCUAUACAACGCUGUAAGUUUACUGUUUAUGCAACUUACGGUUUAAAUUUGUAUUGUUUGCUUGUAUAAUAACUUUUUUAAUAAAUAUAAAAUUAUAUUUUAAUAUAGCAUAUAAUCCAAUUCAUACAAUUUUUUUUAAAAAUGCCAACAUUUAUUCCGGACAGAUAGCGUAUAUUCCAGUUGUGAAAGAAAUGUCCAUGGAGAACACGUCAUUUGAUAUGUUUUAUUUAUUUCAGUUCGGUUUCUCUUCACUUACUAACUCUUUGCUUGAGCCCUAUGAAGAUAUUAUCUUAAGAUAAAUACAGCAAGUGAAUCUAUCUCUGGUGUAAAGGAUUCACAGUAAUGUGUUAACAUGAAAAUCUUUUGAUAUGCAUCAACACUUCAUUAUAAUCUUUCAGAUUCAUUAGGGCUUGACAAAUAUUUUAUAAUGCUUUACAUCUCAGUACUUCAUGUGCAUAUAAAUUAUAUUUAAUUUUGUUGCAUGAUAUUUCUAUCUGAAUGUACAUAACCUGUGAUCUAUUAUGAUGUUUGUA